ACCGCGACCCGGCACGGUAGUUCACAGUUACACUCACCAGCUCGCGCACUAUACAGCGAGCGCCGGGUUUGGGUUAAUGUCGCUCCAUAAAACUUGACGUAACGAACAUGCUAAUGCUAACUCGAGCUAACGAGCCGCAGGGCGGCUGACUGAGCAGAAUUAUCCCGCACAGCAGCUCUGCUUUCUUUCGGAGUUCACAGGAAACACCGGCCUCAACAGAGAGACCUACCAUGCGUGAAUAUAAGCUUGUGGUCCUGGGCUCUGGAGGCGUAGGGAAGUCUGCACUGACAGUUCAGUUUGUACAGGGAAUAUUUGUUGAAAAAUAUGAUCCCACAAUAGAAGACUCCUACAGAAAGCAAGUUGAGGUUGAUGGGCAGCAAUGUAUGCUAGAGAUCCUAGACACUGCAGGCACAGAGCAGUUCACAGCGAUGCGGGACCUGUACAUGAAGAACGGGCAGGGUUUUGCUCUGGUUUACUCCAUCACAGCACAGUCCACCUUUAAUGAUCUGCAGGACCUACGGGAGCAGAUUCUGAGAGUGAAGGACACAGAAGAUGUGCCAAUGAUCUUGGUUGGGAAUAAGUGUGAUUUAGAGGAUGAGAGGGUGGUUGGGAAGGAGCAGGGCCAGAAUCUCGCUCGUCAGUGGAGUAAUUGUGCCUUUCUAGAAUCUUCUGCCAAAUCAAAGAUCAACGUCAAUGAGAUCUUUUAUGAUCUGGUAAGACAGAUAAACAGAAAGACACCGGUGGAGAAGAAGAGAGCGAAAAAGAAGUCAAACUGCAUCCUGCUGUAACACAACUGCAUCACUGCAGCAGCUCUGAGCCAGAUUGCCGAAAUGAAGAACUGUUGCCCAGCUGGCCAACAUUCCUGUUCCUCUCUACAGUGAUUGGCCAAACAAUUAAUAAGACUGAACACCAGACUCCUCAACUAAUACACAGACUUGACAGAAAAAGAGAGAUGCAGCCUCUGUCUUUUCUUCCAGAGCAGUCUUGACAUUUUUCUGCCCCCAUUUUUUCCUCACUAAGGAUCUGAGUCUGGAGAUGAAGCUCCGUAUGUGACAUAGUAAAGAGGGGGUUAGACAGUCUGGGAGAGGGUUCAGGGCUUUCUCCGUGUGUCCUACAGAGAGAAU